GUGUCAUUCUAGGCUCUCGCAGUGAAGAGAUGUGUUUAGUUUUCUCAAAAUUUACAAUUAUUUCUCAUAUUUAUUCCAUUUAUUUUACGUAUUAUGAAUAGAUAUUCAUACAAUACUGAUUCAACCUAUCAGGAGCACCAGAGUGUUAUGGGCAGUGAGAACAUCAUGGAUGAACUGGCUUCGCUGAUUCGCACAGACAUUCCGGACGGACGUCAGAACCUGAAGGAGAGCUUCACGAACCUGGAGCGGGUGGCUGAGUACUGCGAAGACACCUACUACAGGUCAGAGAACAAGAAGGCUGCCCUCGAAGAGACGAAGAACUACACGACUCAGUCUCUGGCCAGUGUGGCAUAUCAAAUCAACACGCUGGCCUACAACUAUCUCCAGCUGCUGGACCUGCAAGCGCAACAAUUAGCCGAAAUGGAGUCACAAAUGAACCACAUUGCACAAACUGUCACUAUUCACAAAGAGAAGGUGGCCAGGAGGGAGAUUGGCGUUCUGACGGCCAACAAAGUGAAUGCGCGCCAGUACAAGAUUGUGGCGCCAAUGAACCCGGAGAAGCCCAUCAAGUACGUCCGGAAGCAGAUCGACUACGGUCUCUUGGAUGAAAUUGGCCACGGAGUGGCCUCAGUUCAUGCCGCCAUGAAGCAGAAGCAUCGAGGUUCCAGUCAGAGUUCCAUUCAGUCCAUGGGUGUGGUGAACACAUCUGUGGGUCCUCCGCCCACGACCAAGCCGCCGACUCCGCCCCAAAUGGGUCGCGGCAACACUGGGACUCUGGGAAAGGCUGCCGGAAGCACUGGAACUCUCGGCAAGAGUUCUCGCGAAUAUCGAACCCCACCAGUUGUCGUGCCGCCUCAAGUUCCGUCACAUUACGCUCCCAAUUAUCCAGUGGGUCAUCCCAGGAGAACGCCAGCGGAGCGCGGGCCAGGCUAUAGCGCUCUACCGAUGCCGCCGAGCCAGCAAAUUGCAACGCACAUCCACGCUCCUCAGGUGGGAAUGGUGCAUCCCAUGCCGACGCCGCAAGGAUCCGUGUUCGACGACAGGAACAGCAUGCCGCCGCCUCCCUCACCACUAACUAUAACUCAUGACAUGCCAGAUCAUGGACAUCCAGGUCCCGGACACAUUGGAAUGCACACGCUGAGUCGCAAUCGACCUGGCUCGCAGUCGCCACCCUUGCCGCCGCCUCCGCCGCCAGAGGAGACUGAGCACUCGGACUUUGGUCGGCCGCGCACAUCGCAGGGGCCGCUGGCGCCCAUUGUGCCCGAGGAUCAGAACCUCCCCGGCUGGGUGCCGAAGAACUACAUUGAGAAAGUUGUCGCCAUUUACGAUUACUAUGCUGAUAAAGAUGACGAAUUGAGCUUCCAGGAGAGUUCAGUGCUUUAUGUGCUCAAGAAGAACGAUGACGGCUGGUGGGAGGGCGUUAUGGAUGGCGUCACUGGAUUAUUUCCUGGGAAUUACGUGGAGCCGUGCGUUUAAGCCUUGAAGCACUCUUGGGGCUAAUUUGGUGAGCUAUGCAUUGCACAGUCUCUGUUUUUCGUUGCAAUCAGAAAGCUAAAUGUACGUAAAGUAUGGGAUACGCUGUAUGAGUAACUAUAUUUCUAAUGGCUAUUACAUUUUACUUGGAAAUUAAAUUGUAGCAAAG